AGUAGGAAUUUCACCGAUGUAACACCCGUUACAGCAGAGAUGACGUCAAAUAUCGUUGCCCAAUUCGCAUUCGGCGGGUGAUAUAAAAGGCGCGCCUAAAAACCCCAAGCUCAUUAUCUUUUGGUGUUUGUUUUAAUUACACUAGCCAGCCUGAAAUCACGAAAUCUCAGUUGUGUUUGGAACAUUUCCACCAAAGUCGGCAAUUUCACAUCAAGAUGGUUCUUAACUUUGAUCAAGAUGAAAACAGCUGUGUCCACCAAACUGGCCGAGAAGUGAUGUCAGGCAACGGUGUAGUACUUUUUGGAAUGAGUCCCGGGAAUCCCUACUUCAAAUCUCGUGUCAUUGAAGACUACGUACAGUAUCUCGGAAAGGAUAAUCGAAGGAUAAUUGUGGUCGUGCCACAACAACCUGCGGAACACACAUAUAGAGCAUUGGGUAGCAAGGAUGCUGUGAAGAGAGCUAAGAAAAAUGCCAGUCAACUCAAAUCCCACUGCAGGAGAGCUAUUGAGAAGGUUGGCAAAACUGAAAAUGUAGCCGGAGACUUCCACAUGCUGGACUGGAUCAAAGAGGUGGAUACCCACGAAGCGUACAUCGCAGCGUUGGACUUUGUCGUCAAUUUCUACAACAAUAACCUCGAGUUUCGCCUUGACACAGCAAGAGCUACUGCUAAAGUCUUGGGAAAAGAUACCAUGUCUUCUGAUGACAGUGGAUCAGAAUCCUCCGACUCUGAGCUCGAAGAUGACGAAAAUGUUCAAGAAGGAGUAUUUUACUUGUUGAAAGAACUCGCCUUUAUCAUCGCCAGCAAAGAGAUUUUCAGGGCAGACAAAGUAGCUGUAAUCUAUCAUCGUAGUUGGCCGGUGUAUGAGAAAUUCGUGAACGGCGGAUAUGACGGAGAGCCUAAGCAGGGACUGGGACUAGCAAUCAUCAAAUAUAUCGAUCACUAACUGUUGUACUUAGGAAUAAUUGGGUGUCAUAGCUUGAAUUACAUUAAUUAAGAGUAUGAAUUAGACCUCUUUAGCUCGAAUAUAUUAUUUUUCCUAUUUCAGUCCACGUUUCAUUCUCUUAAAAUAAGUUCCUGUUUGAGUUGAAUAGAGGUUUUGCACCACCACGUGAUGGCAGCCAUGUUAGAUGGCAGGAACAAUACAAUCGUUUUACAUGAGAAAGAACUCAAUUCCCGAGAGCAAAGGGAUUUCAUUGUUCUGCCAUCUAACCACAGGCAGUCCCAGCUGGAUUACGGGCGCCGACACGUAUGUUUCUUCUCAUGCACAACCGUUAAACAAAGAAGUAAUACUCUAGAGAAUGAUGGUCUGAAAUAGGAAAACAUUACACUCCAAGUAAAGAGCGCUAUUUCAUAUUAUAUACAUGUAUAAAAAAAGAUGUUCAUAUUUAUAAUGGGGUUUAUAUUUUUUAAUCUGAUAAUAGGAUUUUUUGGACUAACAACGCACUUGUAAAUUAUUGAAUAUUUAAAUUAUGUUUUCAUCAAGCUAAUGCUUCUUGGAAAAAGUUGUUAAGAAUCAUUUUAUUAAUAUAAAUAUUAAAUUUUCUUUAAACCUU